AUGCGACUUGUCCAAUUCCCUUGGGCCUUUUUAAUACGAAGCUAUCUUCCUUCGAUUGGUCUGGCUAGGGGAGACUAUACCUUGGGUCUUCGUUGCACUCAAGACAUCGAUCAGAUAUGCUUAUCAGGCUCUUGACAUUAGUGGCUCUACUUGCACUAGCUGCCGGCAUUGGCGCGCGCAAGCAGGUGACUUUCACGGAUGAUAAGCAAUUUCACGGUGAAACAAUUCCCAAUGCCCUUCCUAUCGUGCUAGAGAGUCUGGCCUCUGUUACAUCCGAGGACUCUUUCACAACAUUGUCUCAUGCUCAAUUCCCUCACCAUGCUGUUCGCAUCAAGAAGUCACGCUUUUGCGACCCCACUGUUUCUAUGUUCACCGGUUAUCUUGAUGUCGAUGAAGGAGCAAAGCACUUGUUCUUCUACUUCUUUGAAAGUCGCAGAAACCCAGAAACUGAUGAUGUGAUGAUGUGGAUCAAUGGAGGUCCCGGGUGUUCGUCCGGGAUUGGCUUGUUAUUUGAACAUGGGCCAUGUAGCAUCGACGCCAGCGGAUCGUCUCAAAAUGGUACGAAAUGGAACCCAUACUCGUGGAAUCAAGAGGCCAAUAUUUUCUUCCUGGAUCAACCAGUUGGCGUAGGCUACUCAUACGCCGACUUCGGUGAAACGGUUGAGACAACGGAGGAUGCUGCUAAGAACGUGCAUGCGUUCAUCACAAUCUUCUUCGAGGUUUUUAAACAAUUUGAGGGCAGACCGUUGCACCUUGCUGGUGAAUCUUAUGGCGGGCGGUAUCUUCCUGUCUUUGCCAGCGAAAUUUAUGACCAGAAUCAAAUUGCAAAGGCAGAGGGACGACCGACCAUCAACCUUCAAAGCAUCCUGAUCGGGAAUGGUAUCACUGAUAUCUCUACGUUGUACCAAGGGCGUUAUGAGAUUGAAUGUGGCACUGCUGCCCUAGAAAUACCAUUUCAACAAAUCAGCUCGUGUGUGCGCAUGAAGUCAGCGUUACCUCGGUGUCAAGCUUUCAUGCGUGAUGGGUGCAUUGACCAAUUUGAUCACAUGAAUUGCGGGGCCGCCGUUGCUUUCUGCGACGCGCAGAUUAGCACUGCAUAUUGGGCAAGUGGUCGGAAUGUGUACGACAUCUCAAUGACAUGCGAGGACCAAGAGCUGUGCUACGCAGAAGACGCCAUCAUCCGAGAUUUCCUUGAUGCACCAGAGACGCGGAAGAUGCUUGGUGCUGAGAGCCCCGGUAAAUUUGCUCUCUGCUCUAGCGUUGUCGGGGGCAACUUCUUCUCCCACCUUGAUAAGUGGGCACACCAUACCCAAGACUACGUCACAGCCCUCCUGGAAAGGGAUAUAAGAGUGUUGAUUUAUGCCGGUACUUAUGACUGGCAGUGCAACUGGAUUGCAAACAAGCUAUGGGUGGAUAAGUUAGAUUGGACGGGUGGUUCUGCAUACGUGAAAGAAAGCUGGAGGUCAUGGUACGUCAACGGAGAGAAGGCGGGUGAAACCAAGAACGCUGGUCCUCUGACAUUUGCCACUGUACUGGGUGCUGGCCAUAUGGUCCCUCAUGACAAACCUGCAGAAGCGCAGGCUUUGGUUUCUAGAUGGCUCGCUAAUCAGGCCAUCUAAAGCAUCACACAUACACACAGCCGAUGUACAUAGCUGCCUAAUAGUCGAGCGUCGCUAUUUUAGUAUCGAGAAGGAAGUGGCGAGGAUUUGUACUGGAUUUGUCUGGAUUUGUCUUGGUUGCGAUAAAUUCAAUUUCAAAUUGAAGAGCUACAAUCAUGCGACGGUC